CUCUGCCCUCCACCGCGAUCAGGCAGUAGCUGAUUGGCUGAGGGGAGCGGCGUCCCAGCCCCCCGGCUCCGAGGCGGGAGCAGAGCCUGCCCCGGGUGGGAGGCGCACAGACGGGCUCCGGGAGCCCCUCCCGAGUCCCAGCGCCCUGCGCCCUGCGCCCUGCGCCCUGCGCCCAGCGGGAGGGCUGAGCCGGGACUCCAGGCGGGCAGGUGCGGAGGGAACAGAGGGGACCACGGCCAAGGGUAGAAGCAAGUCCUGUGGGGAGAGAGGCGCUGCUGCUCCAGCUGCUGCCUCGGCUGCCGCCGCCACCAAGCCGGCGUCCAGAGCGGGGCUGGCAGGCCGGGCGCCGCGACAAGGGGAGCGAGGGGCGCGCUCAUGGAGCACACGCACGCCCACCUCGUAGCCAACAGCUCGCUGUCCUGGUCCGCCGGCGCGGCCUGCGGUCUGGGCUUCGUGCCCGUGGUCUACUACAGCCUCUUGCUGUGCCUCGGUUUACCAGCAAACAUCCUAACAGUGAUCAUCCUCUCGCAGCUGGUGGCCAGGAGGCAGAAGUCCUCCUACAACUAUCUCUUGGCACUUGCUGCUGCUGACAUCUUGGUCCUUUUUUUCAUUGUGUUCGUGGACUUCCUGUUGGAAGAUUUCAUCCUGAACACACAGAUGCCUCAGGUGCCGGACAAGAUCAUCGAAGUGCUGGAAUUCUCAUCCAUCCACACUUCCAUUUGGAUUACUGUUCCAUUAACCAUUGACCGGUACAUCGCAGUCUGCCACCCGCUCAAGUACCACACGGUCUCCUACCCUGCCCGCACCCGGAAAGUCAUUGUCAGUGUUUACAUCACCUGCUUCCUGACCAGCAUCCCGUACUACUGGUGGCCCAACAUCUGGACCGAAGACUACAUCAGCACCUCCGUGCAUCAUGUCCUUAUCUGGAUUCACUGCUUCACUGUGUACUUGGUGCCCUGUUCCAUCUUCUUCAUCUUGAACUCGAUCAUCGUGUACAAGCUCAGGCGGAAAAGCAAUUUUCGCCUCCGUGGCUACUCCACAGGGAAAACCACCGCCAUCUUGUUUACCAUUACCUCCAUCUUUGCUACACUCUGGGCCCCUCGCAUCAUCAUGAUUCUCUACCACCUCUAUGGGGCGCCCAUCCAGAACCGCUGGCUGGUGCACAUUAUGUCCGACGUUGCCAACAUGCUGGCCCUUCUGAACACGGCCAUCAACUUCUUCCUCUAUUGCUUCAUCAGCAAGCGAUUCCGUACCAUGGCGGCCGCCACUCUCAAGGCCUUCUUCAAGUGCCAGAAGCAACCUGUGCAGUUCUACACCAACCAUAACUUUUCCAUAACAAGUAGCCCCUGGAUCUCACCAGCCAACUCACACUGUAUCAAGAUGCUGGUGUACCAGUAUGACAAAAAUGGAAAACCUAUAAAAGUGUCCCCAUGACCCCAUAGGUUUGGCACCUCGUGCCUCUGUGUAAUCCAUUUCCAGAUGGGAAUGUGGCCCAUCCCAUGGCUGAACAGCUCUCCUUGAAGAGUGCUAACCUGAUUUCCUGUCUCUGCAUACUGAGCAACCCUCCGACUGGUGGAUGAGAGAAGAUGGAAGAGAAGAAAGAAAAGCACGAAUCUUGUUGUCAUUUCUGCAUUUAUUUUCACCAAGUUACGUUGACAGCAAAAGUUCCAACCAGUCUGAAGAUGCCAUUGGAGGUUGUGUCAUUAUCCUGUGGCCUGUAAGGACACAUGGUAGAGAAAUAGUCUAUGACUUAGCCUAGGCACCAUCCACAGUCACUGGGAACUGCUCAUUUAUGUGACACACCAAGCCACAGUAGCACGUAGCUGAGCCCACACUCUUCUUCCAAGAGCUAAGCUCAUCCAUCGUUUCCCUGUGCCAUUCCCAGCAGCUAACAAAGCUGACCAAUUAGGGAGUUUUCCAAGGUGCCCUUUGCUCUAGUGAGGAUUUUGGUCUUGAAGCUGCCCUGGCACCCCUAUCUGCAGAAUGACAUUGUGGGGACAGGCCAGAGCUUCUGUGGAAAGGCUCCAAACCAACGUAACCAUCACCCUCUGACCUGGGGGCUAAGAUGCAGUCUUUCUAUUCAUUAUUAUGUGUAGAUUUUAUCUAUCUCCUCCAAAACAAAGACCCUGCCUGUGUUGGGGGGAAAGGAGGAUUUCUUGAGCCCAGAAAAACAAAAAAAUAAGCCAACUCUUGCCAUCAUUUUGAUCAUCCCUGUGUCAGCUGUAUACGAUCUCUUUACUCAAAACAGCUUCUUGUUGUGGUGCCAGCUGGGCUUCCUGGAGAAGCCUUUUACAUGUAGAGCUGCCAAUCCUUCCUCUUUGCUUGCUGAAGCCCUCACCAAAUUGUCUCGUUUGAAGUGACUUCCAGACUGGACUUAAUUUUCGAGGGUCAGGAACUGUAGCUCUCCAGUGUGAAAGGAGGCGAUCUCAGCUCUGCCCCACGGUCCAGCUUGGCAUUGCCAUUAAGCCACAAAUGCAGACACAGCUGACAUGGAAAAGGUGCCCAUGUGGUCUGCGUGUCUGCCCUUUGAUGCAAAUGGCUCCAAAGGGUGAUGCCAGUUUCCUGUGAUUCUAUUUAAUCCAGAUCCUUUGCAAAAAGAUAAUAUGAAUUCAUUUAUUUAUUCUCCCCUUGACUGUCCAAGGCAAGAACAGUUCUAGGAUGUAGUUAAUAGAGGCUUUCCUGGGAAUUACCACUUACGUGCACACACACACAUGCAUACACAGACUUGAUUUUAUUAUUAGGCUCCUAUGUACCAGUGAUGUAUUUUAAAAGGAAAACCAUGCUGGAAUUUUUCUCAUUUGAUCUUGUUUUUAAAAAAAAUUAAAAAAAAAAAAACUUCUCUUCUGGAUUCCCAGUAUUUGAAGUUGUCCCUAUUCCGGAAGAAGUCUUCCAAAAUGAUUUUAGAAUGGUAUGAUAUUUUUGGUGAUCCAACAAAAAACUGACAGUCUACCUGGAACACUUGGUUCCUUAGGCUGGAUUUUUACUGCACUUCUGUCCCUGAAUUCGGAAGACAUCCACCAUUUUUAAGGGAAUUUGCAAUAAAUAAUGGGGUAAAAAAAAAUGCCCUGAUGCCCCACAAUCCCUAAACUUCAGCCCAAUGCUGUCAGUACUCGUUCAAUAUAACUUUAGGUCAUGUUUGUCCUGAUGAUCCUAGCUCCUCCUCCUCUUAAAUGACUGCAGUAGAGUCUCAUCUUACCCAAAGAUUAGUCCUAGUCAGUGUAAAUGGCGAAAGACUGGCAGAGCCCAGGUGACCUCCACAAAGUUCUCAGGAAGGAGCCAUAUUGGAGAUCAUAUCAUAUUCUACCCCUUAAAAAACCUAACUCAGCUAAAUUUUCCUCCAGCAUUGGAAAAGUUUGCUAUUUCUUCAGUGGAGGACAAGACAGAGUUGGCUUGCAUUUAGGGACCAUAUUGUAUGACACUAAAGUAUCUCAGAACAUUAGGAUCACACUGGUGCCGCCAAACACUCCCAUUAGAGGAGGCUCAUGAAAGUUGUCUGACUGAGGGACGAGCAGAUUGGUAUCUCCCAGGUCACGCUCUCCCCAGGAAGCAUGCACAUUGAGUGAAAUGGUGGGCAGAUUUCCCCACGUCCCUUAAAUUGCAUUUCUCUGUUUCUUUUUUGCCAAGCACGUGUAGUCGAUACAUGUUCAUCAAAUGUGUGUAUAAUGCAAUUCCAUCACACCCCCUUGUGAAUAAACAUUAACCAAAGGCUACCUACACCUAAUAUAUAUAAAUAUAUAUUUAUUUUUUUAAACGCAUAGCUCUGAAAAAAGGCUAGUUUGAGCUAUCCGAGAAUGAGUCACAGUGCAAUAUUUGUGAAGAUGAAGCAAUUCCUUUUUGAGAAUGUACGUAAGAUGGAAACUACAUACGUCGAUCUCAAUGCUUUCUGCUCUACAUUUUUAGUUGUAUGUAAAAAUUAAUUACUGAUGUUUAAAAAGUAAAAACUGGGUGUGCAUUUGGAAUGUUUUCCUCAUACACUCAUUUAUUACUUCUCUUAACAAUAGAGGCUGUACCAAGUAGUAUUGCGAUCUCUUUUCCUUCUGACUAUAUUUUGUAUUUUGAAAAACGUAAUAUUUAAAAGAGGUUCAAUUCUUGAAGACAAUCCAGCAAGGUGUUGUCUUCUGAUUAAAACGCAUACAAAUGCCCUUUGGCUUAGGUUAAUACAUAUCUCCUAAACUUUAUUUCAGAUAAUCUAAGGACUUUUAAUUUAUUAUUAUUUAUAG